AUGGCCUUGUUGGGGAAGACGACCGAGAACAAGUUCUCGCCGAUCGCCGUCACCUGCCAGUCCCACUACCCUUCGAAGAGUGUUUGUAGAUCAAUUGGUUCACAUAUGGAGACCAACCCAGCCCUUGUGGGGAUGAGGAAUAUCAUCACAGUUAGCUUCAACUAUCUGCCUCAUGACCUCAAGCGUUGCAUGAUGUAUGUUAGCAUUUUCCCAGAGGAUUAUCAGAUCAGCAAAGACAGGCUCUUGAGAAGAUGGAUUGCUGAAGGAUUGAUACCUGAGAAGCGGGGGCUUACUUUGAUGGAGACUGCAGAGGCCUACUUCAAUGAGCUAGUGAAUAGGAGUAUGAUUGACCAAGCCGGCUGUAUAGUCACCUACUAUAAUAUAGUGGAUUUGUGUCCGGUGCACGACAUGAUGCUUGAGGUCAUGGUACCUAAAUCAAUAGAGGCUAACUUCGUUAGCUUGGUAGGCAUUCAGUAUGAAGGAAUGUCAUAUGAUAUCGUUCGCCACCUCUCCAUCCAUGAUGCAAAGAAGGGGAGAAAUUACUCCCCAACAGAGAAAGGCACAAUGGGGAGUGGAAUGGUGAAUGUUAUCAAGAGGAUGAACACGAAGCACGUACGGUCAUUGACCACAUUUCAUUCCGAAGAAGACAACUUGCUGCUCGAUCAACUAGGAAAGUUCAAACUGCUGAGGGUACUUGAUCUGGAAGACUGCAAGGACCUAAACAAGAAGCAUUUGAGGUACAUUUGCAAGAUGUACCUUCUUAAGUUCUUGAGCUUGAGAGGUACAGAUGUCAGUGUCAUGCCUCCAGAAAUCUGCGACCUAGAGCAUUUGCAAACACUUGAUGUCGAUGAUACUCUCCUCGAGACGCUUCCAAACAGUGUGAUAAAGCUUACAAAACUUGAGAGGCUGAUGUUCUCCAAUAGGAAAAAUUGGACUGCCCUAUGGACAUUGCCCAAAGGGAUCUCAAAAAUGAAGGCAUUGCGUGAGGUGAGUAGAGCAAUCAUUAGAAAUGUUGAGGUUGCCAUAGAGAUCGGUGAUCUACAACAAUUGGAACGGAUAUUUGUCUAUCUCGAUGGAAGAAAUGACAUGGACUAUCUCAUGGACCUCGACACGCCACCACAGCUUUUGCGGUACCUUAGGUUUGCUGGAUAUAUUUCUCAGAUUCCAGACUGGGUCGGUUCACUCGCCUUUCUCACCGAGUUCACCAUUUCAUGCGCAGAACUUGUAGGCGACCAAUCAUUUGAAGUCCUUUGUAAGGCUCCCAUCCUGAAUAGCAUCUUGCUUCAGGUGCAUUUUUACAUUGAUGAAGAUUUGGUUGCACGGAGCGCCCACAUGUUUCGUAUGCUCAAGAAUAUGAGAGUGAUAAAUGCUGCUAAAACUCCCAAAGUUUUUAGUUUUGAGGAAGACUCCAUGACAAAGCUCGAGAUACUUGAAUUGGACUUCAGAGGUUGGCAUAAGAGCAUUGUUGGCAUCCAACACAUGACGAACCUUAAACAGGUGCACCUCAGCGGCUACGGUAAUAACAUUUCUUUGAUCGAUGCAGCCAAUGAGCUAAAAGCUGAGAGUGAUAGACGCGGCAGGUCCAAUCUGUUUCCAUUCACAGUUGUAGUGAGAUACGGUUGAUCACUCUCUCCUCUGUUCUUUGUGCACGUGAGUUGGUCUUGUCAGGCUUGUUUGUUCGUUUUUGUUAUCUUUGUCAAGCUGCUGCUGCACGUUUUCAUCAAAACUGUUACACUAGUUAUGGUGUUUGGUGGUGAAUUAUCCGGUUAUCCCUAUCGUUGUUUCUGAAUGUGCUGUUGCGUUUCUUGUCCAGCAUGAUAGACUUUUGCUGUUUUGUUAAAGCACUCUAAUAAAGAUGGAGUAAUCUGUAGCAGGUUUUGCGUGCCAUAGUAUACAUUCGAGUAAAUAAACAGUGAUUAUUAUUUAUGGUAUGCAUUAGCCCGGAAAACUGUUGUUCCUCUUAAUGUUUAACUAGUUAUUUCCUCUAUCAAGGCAAUGCAUUAGUCAGGUGAAAUAGUGCAUGUAAGGUUUCUGAAUGAGAUGACCUGUAGGCACAAUCUAUACAGUAAACUGCAGUAGACAAAAAUAACACCCUAGUGAUACAACAGAUCAGCAAGACAUUGAUAAGACGGAAUUUUAGCAGACUAUACUGAUGCUGAUGAGCACUACCAUCAUCGAUAAUUAGUUAAAAAGACAGACGUACAAUCUCGUUGGAUGAAACGUAAAAAGCAUACCCACACAAAGCAGAGAUUUCCAUCACACUGGAAUGUGCAUUAGGUGAGAAUCACCAAAAUUAACAUGGAAAAAACUAGGGUUCAUCAAUUGGGCUUAAGAUCAACAACAGUCAGUCUAUUAGCAAAAAAAAACAGUCAUUCACCUAGACCCUAGCUGAGGAGGUGCGCCAAGGGCUCGUAACACUUAUUCGGGUCUCGUGUUCUCUAGUUCUAAAGGCUCUUGCGUGAUAGGAGGGCAUCCAGUCCAUGGUACUGUUUGGAGAGGAGGGGAUAAACGUUAAUAGAGCGUACAUACUUCAAGGGAAGAGGAAGGAGAGCUCACGACCACCGGCGACUGUGUAUACACGGCGGCGGCGGCGGUGAUCUCCUCCGGCUCCCCAUACCAACCUCUGCACACACUCUGCUUCCUUGUAUGGGCUAGGUUGGACAGAUUAAUGGGCCAGGCCUGCCUGGCCUUGUACUCUAUUUGCGUUGUCCCUUUUAUGACUUUUUACUUUCACAGCAGUUGUCCCUUGUGUAAGAACACAAUGUGUAAGAACAUCAGUGCAUUGUUUUAACCAGCGAUCUAUAUUUGCUGAAUCGGUAAAAAAAAAACAA